CUUAAAAUACAUUUGCAUAUAUGUACGUUUCUAAAUCUCGAUAACAGAGUUAUAAGAAAACUAUAUUUUAACACGAGUAGCCCCGCGGAAUAAUAUCUGAUUGCACAAUGGCUCUUCUCUCCGGAAUUUUCCAGAAGGAUCGCUGCAACAACAAUGUCCGCGAUGUUUGAUUGGAUGGAAGGAUUGUUUGUUUGGCCUACCAUUGGUUGCUGAGCAAAAAUCAGCUGGCGGCAGUGACGUUGCGGAAGUGCGCCGGCGAGUAAAGUGUCUGGUCACGCGUGCUGUUUGACUUCGGCUGCCGCAAGCAUGCUACGCCCAGACCGGUUUUGCCAGAAGUUUCUGAGAAUGGACCUUGUGAAAUAUACUGGUGGCUGCCAUUGUGGAGCUGUUAGGUUUGAAGUGUGGAGCUCGCCAGACCUCCAUGUUUUCCAUUGCAACUGCAGUAUUUGUACAAAGAAACAAAACCAUCAUUUCAUCGUCCCCAAAAACAACUUCACACUUUUGCAGGGUAGGGAUGAUCUGACCACAUAUACAUUUAACACUCACAAUGCCAAGCACACCUUCUGUAAAAACUGCGGCGUUCAAAGUUUCUACACACCGCGCUCCAACCCUGAUGGAUAUGGUAUUGCUCCACAUUGUCUUGAUCCAGGUACGGUGCAAAGCGUCACAGUAGAAACAUUUUCGGGGGACAAUUGGGAAGAAAGCAUGCAAGCACACAAGACCAUCAGAGACAUGUCCAAACCAACGAAAGAAGCAAAAUAAUUCUACUGUUGUCUCAGAAUCAGCAGUCGCUUUUAGUCAGUGCUAUGCAAAAGUAAAGCAGUGCAAUGGUCUCAACUGUGGGUCAACUUUUCAUUUGAUCAAGCAAUAAAGAUGUUUAUACGGAAAAUCUGAGAGUCACAAAGCUGACCUAAAAACAGCUUAUGAGAUUAAUAAUGACUUACAAACCCAAGUGUAAAAAAAUAAAAAUAGUGCAUCUUCUAA